GUUCGUGCUAAGUUUAGGUCAUAUUUAUUUAAUCAAUACUAUUAUAAGUCAAAAUACACCGCUUGCGUCUUAUUAUUGAAUAUUUUUGGAGCAAGAGAAUAUAUUUUAAAAUAUCAUACUCUUCUUUAACAGGAAAUGAGUGGGAAUCGAAGUCGUAUUCUACUAGACCUCGCUAGGAAAAUAUGUGAAAGAGAUGAAAGUAAUACCAGACAUUAAAGUACGGGUUCGUAUUCUCAUCAGCCAUUUGUGACUAAUGAAAGUGAAAACCAUAAUAUUCCCAUAUUCAAUGAUUCUGUCACCAGCAAGUUACAAGAAACUACUUUUAUAAAUGAAAGUUCUAAAAUUGCUUCUCCUUUAGCUGAAAAACAAUACGGGCAAUAUUUUUAUAUGACUGUUGAUUUUGAAAACAAAGAAAACCAAAAAAGUCCAACUAUCGACGAAAGUGAAAACCAUAAUAUUCCCAUAGUCAAUGAUUCUGUCACCAAGAGGUUACAAUGUACCUACUACUGUUAUAAAUGAAAGUUCUAAAAUUGCUUCUCCUUUAGCUGAAAAACAAUACGGACAAUAUUUUCAUCUGGCUGUUGAUUUUGAAAACAAAGAAAACCAAAAAAGUCCAACUAUCGACGAAACCACAGGUACUGAAGAUGCAAUAGGACCAACGUUUACCAAUAAUGACGUUACAAUCAGAAGAGAGCGUGAAAAGGACAGUAGCAGCUCUUCGUCUUCCAUAUCAAUUCAGUCUUUGAUAACACCUCGGGCGACCCAAAUUAUUCUUCCAGUAGCUGUUCAUCAUCCUCUGAUGAUUCUUCAAAGCAAACGACGACUUCCAUCGUCACGUGACGUUACUCUAAAACAAGCUUACAAGAAGAAAGUGGGAAUAAGUGAAAAAAAGAAAGCUGACCUGCUCUCUCUUCUUGAAAAGAAAAAAAAUGUAGCGGUUAUGCCACAAUACUAUAGGGAUUUUUACGCUAACUUGUAGAAACUUUAAUUUUUUUUAAUGGGGGCUCAAAUUUUUUAUUUUUUUAUAUUGGUAUUGUACUAUAUCUGCAAUUUUUUUCAUUCAUUGUUGUUUAAACUCUAAUAAAACAUUUAAAUUGUUC